CAACAAUGGCGGAAAAUUUGACAAGAAGAUUCAGCUAAACUAAAAAUAACAGUCAAUCUAUCUCACAAACGAAGCUUACGUCUCUGAAAUGUCUUGUAUCAUUUAUAUUUUGCUAUCAUUACUUCUUCAAGUAAUAUCAAGUCAGGGUAUUGGAAAAGUCUAUGUUGGAACAUUGCCAAAUAACACUGUGUCAACUCUAUCCUUCAAUGAGAAUUCAGCAUCUCUUGUGAUACCUGUAUUCAUAGAAAACAAAAAUCCUGUGGAUAAUACUGAUGUUCCAAUUACAGGAAAUAUAGUUGUUGAGUGUGAGUUGAGUACAAGUGGAAGUGGAUUUAGUUCAGCCACUAUACAAACAGUAACAUUAACUCAGGCAAAUCGUGGUGGCAAUGUUCCAUUUAGUGCUCCAGUUAAAGGACAGGCAGUAGACAUCAGAUGUUUUAGUGAUUCUGGUCUUCAGUUCAACAAAACAGAAUCUAUAAGUUCACCAUCAUCAUUUACCAUCGUAAGUGCCCCUACAGUCAGUAUUUGUCCUACGGGUACUAAAGAUGUAGUGGCUAUCAACAGUCAAAAUACUCCACAGACCUUUAAUGUUAGACUAAGUGAUGUUGUUGCUGGAAGCCCUGUUACCAUUACAUGUACUGGAACAGGUUUAACAUUUGUUACUGCCACAGCUGCUAUUGGUGCCAGAGAAGUACCGGUAACAGUUACCUUGACAAUUAAUACACCUGUAACAGGUACAUGUAGUGGACAAUCACAGACAGGUGGUCAGUACGAAACGACCAAUUCACUAGGUCCAGCAGUCACAUUCCAACUAGUGCAGCCUGUUGUAGCAUUAUACCCUCAAAGUUUAUCGGUAUCAACUACUUCAUUUGCUACAAUAUUACUUCUGACAUCAUCAGUCCCAGGCAGUGCAACAACAUUCCGUUGUAGAGCAGAUCUCCUGGCUUUAGCAGAUGUACAGAAUGCUUUACAGAAUCCCUUAUGCAGGGCAGCUACUCCCACCCCCAGUCCCACUGCAGGAAAUGCUACAGAUACAGUCACACCUGAGUGGGGAAUAUUAACUCCUGAGGUCAAUCUGGAUAGCAGUGUUCACCAUGCCUUGUUGAAAGCUACACGUAAUGUGGGUGUGACAACAUCAGUAGAAGAGAAUGUUGUUGUUAGUUGUUGUAGUACAACAGGCACUACUACAUUAGAAACUGCCAUAUGGGCUCAAGUCUCAUUAACACCUAAUGCUACUGUUGACUGGGAGAAAUCUACAGACAUUAAUAACUUUACAACACCAAGAACGAUACAGAAUGUAGCCUUUGUAGAGGUCGCCCCAUGUCCUUGUGAUUUGACAGGAGGAGUGUGUGAUAUUAAUUGCUGUUGCGAUGGGGACUGUACAUUGGCUGAACAAGAGACUUUCAGUAGAUGUAUACCUUAUCUAGAUGGUGGUCAGGAAGCUGCCUUACCAGAAUAUAUGUGUGAUUCUAAACAUUUCCACAAAGAAGAUUGGUUUCCACUGAUGUGUGUUACGAAUGAAUACAAUUCAUUAUUGGGUUUUUUCUAUCAGAAUGAAAAUAACUUACGAACAACACAAAGUUUAUUGGAGAAGGUGAAUGGUAAAGAAAGCUUUACUUAUAAGGAAGAAGAAGAAAGAGUUGAGCCUCCUGCACCAGCCGCAACAAAAGGUUAUCUUCAGAACGAGAAAGUACUAUCUGUCAGAACUAAUGCAGCUGGUCGGGCUGAUAGGAGAGGAGUUGUCUCCCUUCCACAGCGUAUCCUGUCUGGUGAAUGUUCUACAACUGCACCAUUACAGUAUCUGAAGGAUAUGGACAGUGAUUGUUCAUUUCAACUGACAAAUGCCAUGUGUUCUGGUGAUAGUGUAUUUAAUGCUUUGUCUUACAUACAGUCAUCAACAACACGGGAUCCCUCCUGUCCAAGUGCUUUUUCCAUAAUGGGGAAUCCUAAUACACAGAAUAUUGCAGAAACAGUUGUCAAUUAUUACUGUUUAACAGAUGCAGCGUCUUAUAUCAAAUCAACAACAACUGCAGCAACACCAUCAACAAGGUCACUAUUCAACUAUACAUACCCAGCUGGAUGCCCUUUGGAUAAUUGUGGUAGGGAGACAACGACUGAACCACCAUGUACUGGUUAUGUUGAUGGUACUGCUCAGGAAACUCUUCCUCCACGAUGUGGGUUCAAUGACCACUACACUCGACCACCAUCACCAAAUAUCAAUGGUGCUACUUGUGAAAAUGCUGUUGUAGAUGUUAGGUACAAUUUUUAUUGGUCUGGUCCCAAUAUAUUGAAACUCAAUGCAACAGUAUUUCUUGCCAAUAUAUUGCUUUCUUUGCCAACAAAUCCAGUGGUAGUUACACAGAAAUAUAAAGCAUCUUUUGUGAACAGUUUUGCAGGAUCACCAGCUGAGGAUAACUUCUACAAUGUCAGUACACCUUUCUCUAGGUCUGGUAAACCAGGUUAUGACAUAGAUAAACCAAUGAUCAGUGGUAUGGUGAUUAGAAAUGAAACCAGCAAUGCCUUCUUAUACAUGAACUCUAACAGCAGUAGACAGGUGGCGCUGUGGAAUACAGGUUUUGAUGGUUUGUGUACUAAUGCUGGAAGAAGAGAGAUUUUAUUUGGUAAAGAUACUUUUACCAGUUGCAACAUUUAUAUUGGUACAUCUGAUCUAGAGAAUUGUACAGACCUCAGCAAAUUGAUAAUUAAUCGUCUUGACAACUUGAUGCCAUCUGAGAGAAUAGGUCGUUAUGGUAACAACAAUCCAUAUGGACCUGCACAAUGGAUAGAAGUCCUGAGAGAGGAUUUGACCUCAACUUGUACUAACAGCUUACAGGCUAACAACCAGACCGUGUUGUCAUGGAGAUUUUCUGGGUUUUGUACAGAUAUUGUCAGUGGUAUCAAUUUAGAUGUGAUGUAUGGAGAAUCUGGCAUGGCUAGUGGUGUGCCUACAAAAGAAAUUAUAGGAGCAUACAUCAGCUAUUCAAAAUCCACAUGGCAGCUAACAUGUGUAUCAGGAUCACAGUGUGCUGAUCCAUCUUAUGUAGAACCAUUCCCUGUCACAGCCUCUGUCAGGUUUAUCAAAGUUCCAGCUAAUACACCAGAACCCAAAAUUAGAUGGGAAGAAGAACAUCCAGAUAUAUGUUACAGAGAUAUUUGCUGGGAUAACUUUAUUUAUCCACUAGUGCGUGCUUACACUGCUGAACCAAGACAAUAUGUUCUAGCUAUGUCGUUAAUUUUAAUUUUAUUUUUGUUUGGAUUUUUAUUCAUCACAAGACCAUGGUGGUGAAAGAAAUGAGAGAGAUAUUAUUGUAAUAAAUUGAUACAUUUAAAGGCAUAGAAAGAUUUUAAAAUUUAAGAAUUGUUAAAAAGGUGAAUGACAUGUUUAAGAAGUAUGAGGUUUAUUUUAGAAGGUAUUGUUGUCUAUCAAUAACUACAGCACAAAAAUUGGCUAUUGUAAAUCAACUGAUUUUUUGCAAGUAAUUUAUUUAAUCAAUUUGUGGGAGAAGUAAAAUCAUGUGAAUAUGACAUGCCAGAAUGGAUCUUCCGUUAUAUGAAUAAAUCAACAGGAAAAUUGAGCCAAUAAAUUCUAUUGCUGUCGGCUAGAAAUGGUUGAAUGCAGAAAAAGUCAUUUUGAAAAUAAGUUGGGUGACAGUAUGUAGAAUAAUUUUUAAAUUAUUAUUUAAGAUCAUUCAGAGUCUGGAGAGCCGGCUGAUCCAUGAGUUUUAGAGUAAGCAUUAUUUAUUUGAGUUAUUUGCAUACUUUUCAUUAACCAUUGACCAUUGUGAAGUUUAGGUUUUAGAAAAAUGAAUGAGAAAACUUAAAAGUUGUAUGAAAAUAUCUGCCAUGGUUAACCAAAAUAGGGAGAACUAUACCAUGAGUUUAUAGUUUCAUUAAUGAUUCUUUCUGUAGCUUGUUUUAUAUUUUUUUAGUAUAAAUAGUUGUUCCGUCCAUGAGUAUAUGUGAAAGUGAUGAGAGGUUUUAUAAAAGUGUACGUUUGAUUGUUAUGAUUUCAAGUAGUGAAAUUUACAGGUUGUUGAAUGAAUAUUUUAUAGCUAUACCUUUUAUGGUAUAACAGAACUUAUCUGCAAAAUAAUGUUAGUGAUCAUUUGUUUGUCAAGUUAUAGUGAUAUUUUUAUAUACAUUUAAUAUUUAUAAAUGAAUUUUUAUAAUAAAAUUUGUGAAAACAA